AUGAGUAGAUAUCCACCACCUCAACAACAAUCGUCGUCAAGGAGAACAACAUCAUCUAACCAAAAUAACAAUAAUAACGGUGGUGCAGGACAACAAAGUAGCAGAACAACUAGUAGUACAACUGGUGGUAAUAGCUCCUAUCACCCUUAUAAUGGUGGAAAUACAACAACUGGUCAUACAAGUAGUAGCAGACGAUCGUCUAGAGAUGGUCGACCAUCAUCUUCAUCGAGCAGACAUUCAAACAAAGAAGUAGAUCCCCUCCAAGCCCAUUUGGCAUCGAUGUUAGGUUUAAAGAGUACAAAGAAACCAACACUAAAGGUUGGUGGUGAAUUGGUAUCAUUGGAUAUGUCACCAUCAAAAGAUAAAGGAUUAUUUCAAUCUGGUAAAUCAUCAAACUCAACCUACAUGUUAAAGAAUAAUCUAUUGAAUGGAAAGAUACCAACACCUUCAAAAUAUGGAGAACCAAGAGGAAGAAGAACAACAAUAACAACACAUGACGUUGACGAAGCAUCAUACAGUAAUAGUCCUUAUCAACAAAGUGGAGGUGGUGGCGGUCGAGGUGGAUAUCAUAAUCAAUAUCGAAACAUGUUAAAGAAACCGUCUCAGGAUGAAGAAGAGAUUGAAUCUUUGACACCAUCACCUCAUCCACAAGUAAAACUAUCGUUUUAUUCAAAAGGAGAACCAAGGAAUGAAAAUACAUCAGCUGUCGACUCUAGUUUUGAUAACUUUGAUGACAAUGAUAAUGGGAAUGGUGGCGGUAAUCAAAGCAAAGCAAAUGAAAAUGAUUAUUUCAACUUGGAACGUAAAAAAUAUUUAGAUAUGGAAAUGGAAGCGGAAAGAGAUCGUGAAGUUGAAAGAGUAAGAGAUAGGGAAUUGGAAAGAGAAUUUAGUUUUAAUGUAGAUACAAUUGUAUAUAAUAAUCACAAUAAUCAAAAUAAUCAGAAUAAUAAUAAUCAAAACAUUAAUAAUACAUAUACUCCAUACAACCCAAACAAAUAUAAUAUUUAUGAUCACCAAACAACAAACUCUGUAAAUAACCCAAACAAUAUAACAAUUAUACCCAAUACCAAUAUUAAUACAAAACUUCAACAAUUACCAAAUAAUAAUAAUAACAAUAAUCAAAAGUUUAAAGCAGUUCCAGUAAGUUUAAAUCUAAAACGCCCAGCCAAAACCAACAACAAUAAUACAAACACCAAUAAUAAUAGUAAACAAGAUAAUAAUAAUACAAUCAACACUAACAACAACAACAACACCACUACUACAACAACAACAAAUAAUACAAAUAAUAAUAUUAAUAAUAUUAAUAAUGGUAUCAAUGAUGAUGAAAAUACAACAACAGAAAUCGAUGAACUAUUUUCAUUUCCAUUUGAUGAUUCAAGUAAUUAUGGAGUGGCUACAACAACGAUUAAUCCGACACAACCGACUGAAAACUCUAGUACAAAUGGAGGAGGAGGUGGUGAUAAUAAUAGUAAUGGAUGUGAUUUUUACCUAGAUACACCUUGUACAUUUAGAAAUUAUGGUAUUAUGAAUAGUAGUAAUCAUCAUUUAACAAAUUCAUCAUCUCCUCCCAAUUCUUCAUAUCUAUCAUCAACUGCGAGCAUCCCCCAAAAAUUACGACAAUCUACAGCAUCAUCAUCUUCAUCUUCAUCCUAUUCAUCACCAACAUUAAAGUCAACCAAUAAUAAUAAUAAUAAUUCUAGAGCCAAUUCAUAUAUAAGCCAAUAUUUUCCAAUCGAAGAAAAUUCACCAGUCUUUAUUCCCAAUACCUACCAAGAUCCACAUCUAACCAACGAUUAUGAGUCACAAUUUUUUGUUUUAGAAACACAAAUUAAACAAACUCAACAACCUCAACAACAACAACAUGUAAUAGAAGAAGCAGAACAAGAAGAAGAAGAAUCACCAAUUAAAUCAACUACCACAAAUUACCAAACAGUGGAACAAGAUGAGGAAGAAGGUGACCAACAAAAUUAUCCAUCACCAACUCCACCACCAAGUUGUGGUCAAUAA